UUCACUUGGGUCUCCAUCCUGCGGUAGUGUAAUCAACGAUGAACCAGUUUACAUCCACACAAUGAGACACGCUUACCAGCAACCCUGGGAGGUUCAACAAUCUAGAAUGAUGACCGCCAGCUGCCAUCCCGUCCAACAAAAUUGUUACGUGGGAUACGGAAUGAAUGAUAUAGUUCCCAUACAGAUUCGACAAGGUCGCGGAAAAAGUUUAGAAAGCUUGGAGGAUACAGAAAGAGGUCCUGUAACCCACCUUACGUUUACCAAUGAAGGUGGACCACAAGCGUUGUACGUUAGUGGUGCAGGUCCUGGAAUGCCCUCUAGUAUCAUGUUGUCUGGAGGUCAACAGUGGCGCCGGUCAUAUGAUGAUGGCGAUAUCACGCCGACAAAUGAGGCUUCGAUACUAGCAAGUUACGAAGGUGGCGGAACAUUACCACGGCCCCGCGGAUUUGUUCGACCAAGGCCUGUUGCAAAAGUCACGGGCAAUACGAAGGCUGUACCUCAGUCGCAUUUUCAAGAUUUUAAUGAUAAAAUACCUUAUUCUCAACAACAUCAGCAGCAAGCUUAUAAUGAAUAUAUACAAUAUGCAACAUCGACUAGUAAAUAUUCACAUUUGUACAGCCCUCAUUUGACCAAGAAAAUGCCACCGCAACCACCUAAACGUCAGAGCUCGAAUUCAGGAUUAGAUGGUAUUUAUAAUGUAGGCUCCAUACAUCAAACCACAGUAGAAAUACAUGCAGAAAAUAAUUCUCCACCUAAUAAAAGUUUACCGAGCUUACACGAAUCUAAUAAGCAACUGCCGCUAAGUCUUCCUGCUUAUCCAUCGUCGGAUAGUUUAAGCUGCGUCAGCCUGGAAAGUGAAGGCCUGCCUUUACCUCCGCCACCAGCACCUUGUACCCCACCGACAGGUAUAAUGCCAUCUAGAUCUUGGACAGAUGGAACCAGUAGGAUGAAUGAAGAGCAAAUGCUUAUCAAUACUUUAGCAAAUCAAGCGCGUAAUGGUAGCGACGCCAGUUUUAAAUCUAGCUCAAGUACAGAAAGCGAUAGUCUGCCAUUCGCCAACGAGAAUGCAGGCACCAUCAAACAACGCGCCAACGCAAGCCUGAACCGCAACCAGAGUUCCCUAGAAUUCUCCCGGUCAAACUCUUUAUCCAGACAAAGCGGCCACAUGCAUUCAAGUUCACAAAAUGCAGAUUUAAAUUCAAUAACACCCCAUGAAAGUACAGAGCCAGCCGAUGUUCUGAGCGACAUAGGAAACAUGUUGGCAAAUUUAACCGAUGAAUUAGAUGCCAUGUUAGAAGAAGAGAAACGACAAGGUUUGACAGAUUCACAAUAAUAAAAAGUUACAGGUAAAAACGUUGGUUAGGACGCGUGUUACUUUUUUGAGAUGUCGUUAAAGUAUUACGCUGUGAUAUAGAGCUAGUGUAUUUUGGUUCAAAGUAUUAUAUACUUGUAAUGAAGUGGGCGCGGAAACAGGAGAAAGUAUAAAGAAAUUCAAUUUU